AUGGCCCAUUUCGCCUUUGUCCUAGGAGUAAGUCAGCAAAUUCCAAUAUAUGCUAUAUCGUCAGAUGGACCUUUGCAGCUUAGCCUGAUAGCACUAGCAGUAGCUGAUGACUGCAAAAACGAGUUGGGGAAAGAUUCGCUCGCAGAGAAUCAUCGAGAUUUGAUGACUGCAGGUGUUAAGAAAUCUUGCCCCUGGAUGAAGUACGACUGUAAACUGGAAACAUUUGCAUUCAUGACUCUCCGCGACAUGAAAGUGCCAGAGGUGGUACAUACGGAGAAAUACAAUGGGUAUAUCGCAUAG